UGAGGUCGCCGAUGCCAAUUACGUUAAUCCAAAAUGCCGUCUCUCUCUACCGCCAGAAACUCCUCUGCCCCAUCUUUGCCAAUCCUCCUUGCCGACAACGAGGAGGCCGAGCGCCGCCUUCGGGAGGCGGAGGAGCGCUUGAGAGAGGCCAUGGAGGAGCUGCAGCUUCGCCAGCGUACGGCGGGCCAUGGCCAUCAUCCGCCCUGUGAUCACGCCGAUGACUCAUGCGUCGCUAACGCAAUAGGUAACCUCUGCCAGAGCUUUCUUCUCUCUUAUGGCGUUAGAGUUGGCAUUGGGAUUCUCCUUCGCGCUUUUAAGCUCGCUAGAGGACAGUCGUAUUCUUCUCUUCUCGAUCUCAAGCAACUUGUCUCAGAGAAAGAUCUUAUAGUAAGAGAAGAAGCAUGUCGUAUUGGUUUGCUUUUUGGUGGGUUCACAGGAUCUUAUCAUGCAUUUAGAUGUUUGCUGAGAAAGCUAAGAAAGAAAGAAACUCCAAUGAAUGCAAUUUUAGCAGGUUCAGUUGCUGGUUUGUCUGUCUUAGCAUUAGAUGAUUCAAGCCGAAGGCGCACACUUGCUCUCUAUCUCUUGGCUAGGGUAGCUCAGUGUGCUUAUAAUUCUGCAAAGUCUAAGAACAAGUUUCACCUUUGGGGAAGUCAUUGGAGGCAUGGAGAUUCUUUACUUUUUGCUUUAUCAUGUGCCCAGAUUAUGUAUGCAUUCGUGAUGCGUCCUGAAACCUUGCCAAAGUCAUAUCAUGAUUUUAUUCAGAAGACUGGUCCAGUUGCAGCUCCUGUUUACAAGGCUGUGAGGGAAAGCUGUCGAGGUGGUCCAGUGGAUAUUGUUUCUUUAUCAGCUUAUUUAUCUACCAAAAGGAAGUCCGAAAUUUUGAAAUUGGAAGAGUUCCCUUCUAUCAUUCCUUGUUCUGUUAUUCAUCCAGACACCGAUUCUUGUUUAGCCCACAAUGCUUAUGCAGCAUCAGCUACAUUCAGGAAGACAUUUCCACUAUACUUCUCUUUGACUUUUGUACCGUUUGUCAUUCUGCACCUGCAGAAGUUCAUGGAUUCUCCUGCUCGUACUUGCUGGAAUGCUGUUAAAGGUGCUGUUCGAUCAACAGCAUUCUUGUCUGCAUUUGUUGGAAUUUUUCAGGCAGUCAUAUGUAUGCACAGAAAGGUUGCAUCAAAAGACCACAAGCUGGUAUAUUGGAUUGCUGGUGGAAUAUCAGCUCUCUCUGUACUACUUGAGAAAAAAUCUAGACGUGCUGAGCUUGCAUUGUAUGUUCUUCCACGAGCAGGAGACUCAUUAUGGUCUAUUUUAGUGAACCGCCACCUGAUUCCUAAAAUUAGAAAUGCUGAGGUGGCCUUAUUUUGUGCAUGUAUGGGAGGAAUCAUGUACUACCUAGAACAUGAACCAGACACAAUGGCUCCAUUCCUCAGAGGUUUAAUCCGUCGCUUCCUUGCUAGCAGAAUAAACAAUCCUGCCCCUUCAUCUAGUCGGAGUGCUUCCUACACAUACUUACAGACACUGGAUGCUAUGAAGAAGCCAAAGAUACGGCCAAACCAAGAGGCUGAAACUUCAAGCUCCGAAAAAUACAAUCUUGAGUCCAUACCAGGACUGUGAACAAAUUUUUGCGGCCUGCAUAUCCACAGUAAUUUUAGCGUAAUCAUUCUUUGCAAUUCAUUGAUAAGCAGAUUACUUCUGCUAAACCAUGUUAAGGGGAUUAGCAGGAAAUGACUCAUUAAAGGGAUUUAUUUGCAGUCCCAGUAUAGGUUUUCUUCGAUGGUUCAACACCAUCUCUAUUCUGUCAGCAACACUUUUUUUCUCCUUUUGUAAGACAAGUCGAAGGAAGAAACGAAAUAAAAUUGAAGAGAUUGU